CUCACCGUUAUCCCCUCCUUCAACCCAACUGAAGGACUUUAGAGGCCGGACGCCCAACACGUCGGCCAUGUCGAAGGCCUACGUGAUCCCUUCGGACCUUUCGCAGGCGACGGUCACCAAUACCGCGUCCUUGCUACGCAUCGUCGCGCUAGGUCUGAUCUCAGCUGCUGCAAUUGCGUCUCGUCUCUUUGCUGUCGUCAAUUUCGAGAGUAUCAUCCAUGAAUUCGACCCGUGGUUCAACUACCGUGCCACCCGAGUAUUGACUUCCCGUGGAUUCUAUGAAUUCUGGAACUGGUUCGACCCUACAGCAUGGUACCCACUCGGCCGUGUCGUUGGCGGAACCAUCUAUCCUGGCCUCAUGGCCACGAGCGGCGUCAUCCACAACAUUCUUCACGGUCUGAACCUACCCGUCGACAUUCGCAACAUCUGCGUGCUUCUCGCCCCCGGGUUUAGCGCGUUCACUGCAUGGGCUACCUACAUGUUCACCAAGGAACUGAAGGAUGAGAGCGCCGGCCUCCUCGCAGCUGCCUUCAUUGGCAUCGUGCCGGGUUACAUCUCCCGUUCAGUCGCAGGUUCCUACGACAACGAGGCGAUCGCCAUUUUUAUCCUCAUGUUCACCUUCUACCUCUGGAUCAAGGCAUUGAAGCUAGGCAGCGCGCUCUAUGGAACUGGCGCUGCCAUCUUCUACUUCUACAUGGUCGCCGCUUGGGGUGGUUAUGCUUUCAUCACGAACAUGAUCCCUUUGCAUGCGCUUAUCCUCAUCCUCAUGGGCCGCUUCACAAGUCGCCUAUAUGUCGCAUACUCGUCGUGGUAUGCCAUUGGUACUCUUGCCAGCAUGCAGGUACCCUUCGUCGGCUUCCAACCUGUGCGCACAAGCGAACAUAUGGCUGCCCUUGGUGUCUUUGGUCUACUCCAAAUCAUCGCAUUCGCACAGCUCGUGCGCUCCCACCUGUCAUCAAAACAGUUCCAAAACCUGCUUCUGGGUUCGGUCAUUGCCGCGGGCAUACUCGGGACGUUCGCUAUUGUCGGCCUGACCUACAAGGGAUGGAUCGCACCGUGGACGGGCCGUUUCUACUCCCUGUGGGACACCGGCUACGCUAAAAAAUACAUCCCCAUCAUCGCCUCCGUUUCCGAGCACCAGCCGACGGCCUGGCCCUCGUUCUUCAUGGACCUCCAGUUCCUCGUCUUCCUUUUCCCGGCCGGCGUCGUCCUCUGCUUCCGCGAGUUGCGCGACGAGCACAUCUUCGUCAUCGUGUAUGCGCUCAUGGGCAGCUACUUUGCGGGCGUCAUGGUCCGGCUCAUGCUGACGCUCACUCCCUGCGUCUGCGUUGCCGCCGCCGUCGCUUUCUCGCAUUUGCUGGACACCUACCUGGACCCGACGGAGCCGGAAGCCGCCCCCGAGGCGUCCGCGAGCAAAGAGGCGCCGGGCGUCGUUGGCAGCCUCGUUACCGGCGUCGCGCAGUCUGCUGCCACGGCCGUCACGGCCGCGAAGAAGCCCAAAGCACGCGGCGUGUUCGGGAUCGACACGCGGCUGAUCGUGGUGUUCAACGCGCUGUGCAUGCUCUGGUUCUUCGUGCUGCACUGCACAUACGUGACCUCGACCGCGUACUCGUCCCCGUCCGUCGUGCUCGCAUCCCACAAUCCGGACGGGAGCCAGAACAUCAUCGACGAUUUCCGCGAGGCGUACUACUGGCUGAGGCAGAACACGCCCGAGGAUGCGGUCGUUAUGAGCUGGUGGGAUUAUGGCUACCAGAUCGCCGGGUUCGCGGACAGGCCGACGUUGGUGGACAACAAUACCUGGAACAACACUCACAUCGCCACCGUCGGAAAGGCGAUGUCCAGCAGCGAGGAGGUGGCGUACCCCAUCCUGCGGAAGCACGACGUCGACUACGUCCUCGUGAUCUUCGGCGGUUUGCUCGGUUACUCCGGCGACGAUAUCAACAAGUUCUUGUGGAUGGUCCGCAUCGCGCAGGGCGUCUGGCCGGACGAGAUCCAGGAGCCGAACUACUUUACGCCGCAGGGCGAGUACCGCGUCGACGACCGGGCAUCGCAGACGAUGAAGGACAGCUUGAUGUACAAGAUGUCGUACUACCGCUUCUCCGAGCUGUUUGGCGGAGCGCAGGCGGUCGACCGUGUUCGCCAGCAGCAAAUGCCGCGCGACGGACCCACUCUUGACUACCUCCAGGAGGCUUUCACCUCGGAAAACUGGAUCGUGCGCAUCUACGAGGUGAAGAAGGAGGACGCGCUCGGCCGAGAUCUGAAAACUGCGAACGCGUUCGCGCAGGGGAAGAAGCGGAAGAGGAGCAAGCCGCUGACGAGGCGGAGGGCCGCCGUGUAAAACCAGUACCUGUCGCUGCGCCUGCUAACAAAUUUGC